AUCUGGCUCCAGGUCAUGAUCUUCCCCAUUGUCUACAACUGGGUGAUCAUCAUUUUGAGGACAUGUUUCAGUGCCAUCGCCCUGAGUUACCUGCCAGUGUGGCUCACACUGGACUAUCUGUCAGACCUCAUGUAUGCGGUGGACAUGAUCAUCACCGUUCACACAGGUUACUUGGAUCAGGGCAUCCUCAUCACAGACCUUACUCAGCUAAAGAAGCGCUACCUCCACUCUAAACGCUUUUUGAAGGAGCUGGUUUCCUUGCUUCCAACUGAUUUCUUCUACUUUGUCUUUGGCAUCCAAACUCCGCUGGUGAGGGUUAACCGCCUUCUGCGUAUGUCACGGCUCGACGAGGCCCUGGAUCGUAUGGAGACGAGAACCUCUUACCCCAACACCUUUCGCAUCUCCAAGCUCAUGAUCUACAUCUUUGUGCUGAUCCAUUGGAAUGCCUGUCUCUACUUUGCGCUGUCAAGCUACAUUGGGUUUGGAAGCGACCACUGGGUUUACCCCAACAUCUCCAAUCCAGUGUUUGCAUCCAUGCGACGACAGUACAUUUACUGCUUCUGGUUCUCUGCCCAGAUUUUCACCACUGUAGGAGACACCCCACUCCCACGUAGGGAGGAGGAAUACCUGUUUAUGAUUGCAGACCUUCUCAUUGCUGUGCUGGUGUUUGCAUCAAUUGUUGGCAAUGUUGGAAAUGUCAUUUCUAGCCUGAGGGACCGUGAUAAUGUGUUCUUCCCGAACCACGAACUGGUGAAGGCCUACCUCCGUAGCCAUCACAUUAGCAAGGAGCUUCGACUGCGCAUUGACAACUGGUACCAGCAUCUUCACAUAAACAAGAAAAUCAUGCGAGAGAAUGAGAUCCUGCAACAGCUGCCCCUCCACCUGAGGACAGAGAUCGCAGUCAGCGUUCACCUGCCUACUCUCUCCAAAGUAACCAUUUUCCAGAGCUGUGAGACCAGUUUACUGGAGGAACUGGUGCUUAAACUAACACCUCAGGUGUUCAGUCCAGGAGAGUAUGUCUGUCGAAAGGGAGAUGUGGGCCAUGAAAUGUACAUCAUCAAAGAGGGAAAACUGGCGGUUGUAGCAGAUGAUGGAGUCACAGAAUUUGCUGUACUGAGUGAAGGAAAUUUCUUUGGGGAAAUAAGUAUCCUCAACAUUAAAGGUAACAAGUCAGGCAACCGUCGCACUGCCAACAUCCGAAGCAUCGGCUACUCAGACUUGUUCAGCUUGUCUAAAGAGGACCUGACAGAUGUGCUGUCUGAGUUCCCUGCAGCCAAACGGCACCUGGAGGAGAAGGGCAGACAGAUCCUCACUAAGAUGGGCAUGUUGGAGGAGAGUGGGGAGGGGGAGCAGGGGGAGGCCGAGAAAGUUGAAACCAAGAUAAACAGGCUGCAGAAAAAGCUGGAGGUCUUGCAAACCAAACUGGCCCGACUUAUGGUGGAGUUAGAGUCCAGCAACCGCAAGAUGCAGGCCAGGGUGGAGCAGCUGGAGUGGGAGGUGGCAGCGCUGGACACUGAGCUGCCGGAGACAGACGACAGGGAAGAUGGAGGGGAUGGGGGGGAGCACAGAAGAGGAGAAGGAGUUGGAGGGGAGGUUGAAUGGCAGCGAGAGGAAGCAGAGGGAGAGGAAGAGCAUGGUUCAGAUACAAAAGUAAAGAAACAAGGACAGGGGGAAGAUAACAGUAAUGAUGUAACCAAAGAGGGGGAUGGAGAGAGCACUAAAAGUACUAAAGAAAACCCGGAAAGUGAAGUGAAAGACGUGAAUGAAGAAGAAAAGAAAAGACAAGAUGAAGGAAGGAAAAACAAAGAAAAAGGGGAUGAUAGACCAGGGAAAGGGGAUGGAGCUGAGAUUGUACAUGAAGAGAAGAAAGAAGAGAAAAAUGGAGAGGACAAACAUGAUGAGAAGAAGGAAAAGGCUAAGGAAGGUUCAGACAAAAAGGACGAAUGA